GAUGGAUGUUUCAUUGGUAUUGAGGAUGCCUCAAACAUCUUGUCUUUGAAAAUAUUAUAAAUUUAUUCAUAUUACGAGGUUUUCAAGGUCUGGUCAGAAUUGAUAUUGCAUGGGAUUCCAUUUCCAUUCAUCAUGAAAGUACUGGAUGCUAAUGCUGGUCUACUCUCCAACUUUGAAGUGAUGGAUCUGUUGCGAUCCAGAGGAGCCACUCAAGAUCCUUUGGGUUCAUCUGGCUCUGCAACUCGAUCUGAAUGCCAGGUUUUUGAUUACUUGGUGCAGUCUCCAGCGGGAACCCUGACUCGGGAGAUUGUACGGGAGUUCUUGUUGAAGGCAGAAAAGUUUUCACUUACAAAAGCAGAACGACUUCAAGUUCUAAAUCUUAGGCCUUCCACAGCAGUUGAAGUCCAUAUGAUAAUAGAAGACUGUGAGGAGAGAAUGUCAAGUUCAACUGUUGAUGAAUUCCUUGAAAUGGUCAAGAGUACUUUACCACCCCCGCCAAUGAAACCUCAGGUAGAAGAUGAAGAGGAAAAUGAUGAAGCAGAUGAGGAAAAUGAUGAAGCAGAUGAGGAAAAUGAUGGAGAAAUGGAUGCCGAGGAAGAAGUGGAAUAAAGUGCCUAUGUUGUCAACCAUCAAGUGAUUGCAUAUUGUAAUUUGUAAUAUGAUAAUAUUAUAAUCUUUUACAUCAGAAAAGGUGGUGUAAUAUAAUGUACUUCAAAAAGAAGGCUAGUUAAUAUAAAAUGGGGUCAAGAGACAUCUCAUAAGUGAAGAUGUUCUUUGAAUGAUACCAUUCAAUGCAAUUUAUUAAUGAAGUGGUAGAGAUGCAAGCCUUUUCAAGCA